AUGGCUCCAUCUGCUGUGCGGGAAGAGACGAACGGCCAUGCCAAUGGCACCCUGAACCCCAAAGCGACCUCCUUCACGUCGUCGAGCCAGACCUCCGCAUACCAUGCCUCAUCCUCUAUGCAAGCCAUGUCCGCCGAGGAAGCAUACGCCGCACACAACUACCACCCACUACCCGUCGUUUUCGCAAAGGCAUCCGGAUGCUCGGUGUGGGACCCAGAGGGAAAGCACUACCUCGACUUCCUCUCCGCAUACUCAGCCGUCAAUCAGGGACACUGCCAUCCCAAGCUCAUCCAGGCGUUGAUCGAGCAGGCUGGACGACUCACCCUGUCGAGCCGAGCGUUCUACAACGAUGUUUUCCCCAAAUUCGCCGAGAAGAUUACUACAAUGAUGGGCUUUGACAUGGUACUGCCCAUGAACACUGGUGCUGAGGCAGUCGAGACGGCUGUCAAGAUUGCGAGAAAGUGGGGAUACAAGGUCAAGAAGAUUCCACAAGAUAAGGCGUGGGUAUUCAGCGUACAGGAGAACUUCCACGGCAGGACGUUUGCGGCGAUUACCAUGUCAACGGACCCUGAGAGCAGAGAGAACUACGGCCCAUACUUGCCGAAUGUUGGAUCCUUCAAUCCUUCCACUGGCAAGCCGAUCCCAUUCAACGACGCUAGUGCUGUCGAAGAGCUGCUGGAGAAGCACGGCCACGAGACUGCAGCACUCCUGGUCGAGCCGAUCCAAGGAGAGGCGGGUAUCGUGGUCCCUGACGACGACUAUCUCGGACGAGUACGAGAGCUCUGCACUAAACACAACGUCCUCCUGAUCUGUGACGAGAUCCAGACUGGUAUUGCCCGAACAGGGCGCAUGUUGUGCCACGAGUGGAGCGGUAUCAAGCCCGAUCUUGUGCUGCUGGGAAAGGCCAUCAGCGGCGGCAUGUACCCCGUCUCCUGCGUCCUGGGCUCCAAAGAGGUCAUGCUCGUUGUGGAGCCUGGCACUCACGGCAGCACAUACGGAGGCAACCCACUUGGCAGUGCAGUCGCAAUCAAAGCGCUGGAGAUUGUCGAGGAAGAGCAACUGACGCAGCGAGCGGACCGUCUUGGCGAAGUCUUCCGCCAGGGACUCCGUGAGAUCCAGCAGAAGGACGCCAUGAUCUCUCUCAUCCGUGGAAAGGGCCUGCUGAACGCCAUCGUGAUUGACGAGUCCCGGACUGGUGGUCACAGUGCCUGGGAUCUGUGCAUGCUCAUGAAAGAGAAGGGACUCCUGGCCAAGCCGACGCACGAGAACAUCAUCCGCCUGGCGCCCCCGCUUGUCAUCAGCGAGGACGAAAUCAAGUCCGCUCUCAGCAUCAUCGCCGAGGCGGUGGCGGAGCUCCCGAGUUUGAAGGGUCAAAAGGAGGACAAGGUCAUCCCGCCAGCCGAGAAGAAUGUGCACAUCCACGUGGACAACUAA